CCGCCGCGGGCAGAGGCGGCAUGGCCGGGCCUCAGCUGCAGCAGCCGAGCUUCCUGCUGGCCACUCUGAAGGCAGACAGUGUAAACAAACCGUUUGUUCAGAGGUGCCACGACCUGGAGACGGUCAUUGAGGAGUUUCCCGCCAAGGAACUCCAUGGCAUCUUCCCAUGGCUGGUGGAGAGCAUUUUUGGUAGCCUGGAUGGUGUCAUUGUGGGCUGGAAUCUUCGCUGUUUGCAAGGGAGAACGAAUCCUACCGAGUAUUCCGCGGCUUUGGAUUUCCUGGAUCCCAGUGGCCCCAUGAUGAAGCUGGUUUACAAACUCCAAGCAGAAGAGUACAGAUAUGAUUUCCCAGUCUCAUAUCUUCCAGGCCCUGUGAAGGCUUCCAUACAAGAACAAGUCCUCCCAGAAUGCUCUUUAUACCACAACAAAGUCCAGUUCCCUUCAUCUGGUGGUUUGGGGUUGAAUUUGGCUCUGAAUCCCUUUGAAUAUUACAUGUUUUACUUUGCCAUUAGCUUGAUUACACAGAAGAGCUCAGCUGUCACCCACCACGUCAGUCCUUCCAACAGUGCUUAUUUCAUCUUGGUGGACACAUACCUGAAGUGUUUCCUGCCCACAGAAGGAAGUGUUCUUCCUCCCCCUUCCUCAAACCCUGGGGGAGCCAUCCCUUCCCCAGCUCCCAGGUCUCCAGCAGUGCCUUUCACUUCCUAUGGGAUGCACCACACCAGCUUGCUGAAGAGGCACAUUGCCCACCAGCCCUCUGUGAAUGCUGACCCUGCUUCCCAGGAGAUCUGGAGAUCAGAAACACUGCUUCAGAUCUUUGUUGAGAUGUGGCUUCACCAUUAUUCCCUGGAAAUGUACCAGAAAAUGCAGUCCCCUCAUGUCAAGCUGGAGGUUCUCCACUACCGACUCAGUAUCUCCAGUAAGCACCACGGUAGUCCUGCCCAACCCAGCUACCAGGCCCUCCAAGCAUACCAAGAGGCCUUCAAGCCCACUGAGGAGCACGUGCUGGUGGUGAGACUGCUUGUGAAACACCUGCAUGCUUUCAGCAACAGCCUGAAACCAGAACCUCUCUCCCCUUCAGCCCACUCCCACACAGCCAGCCCACUAGAGGAGUUUAAAAGGGUUGUCAUUCCUCGCUUUGUCCAGGAGAAGCUUUACACCUUCCUGCAGCACUGCUUUGGGCACUGGCCUCUGGAUGCCUCUUUCAGAGCAGUUCUUGAGAUGUGGUUAAGUUACUUGCAGCCUUGGAGGUAUGCUCCAGAAAAGCCACCCCAGAGUGCAGAGUCCUUGCCUCGCAGCGUGUCGGAGAAAUGGGCUGCCUUCAUUCAGGAAAACCUGCUCAUGUACACCAAGCUGUUUGUGGGAUUCCUGAACAGAGCUCUUCGAACGGACUUGGUCAGCCCCAAAAACGCUCUGAUGGUGUUCCGAGUCGCCAAGGUCUUUGCUCAGCCCAACCUUGCUGAAAUGAUCCUGAAAGGAGAGCAGCUGUUUCUGGAGCCAGAGCUCGUGAUUCCCCAUCGUCAACACCGGCUCUUCAUGACCUCCUCCUUUGGUGGGAGCUUCCUCUCCUCGUGGCCUCCCACUAUCACAGAUGCCUCCUUCAAGGUGAAGAGCCAUGUCUACAGCCUGGAAGGGCAGGACUUCCAGUACAAGCAGAUGUUUGGCACAGAAGUCAGGAAUCUGGUGUUAAAACUGGCUCAGUUAAUCUGUCAGGCACAGCAGACGGCCAAGUCCAUCUCAGACCAUUCUGCAGAGACCAUGGGAGCCCAUUCCUUCUUCUCAUGGUUUAGGCUCACACCAUCAGAGAUGAAUGGUUCCUACACAGGCAAUGACCUGGAUGAAAUGGGGCAAGACAGCAUCAAAAAAACAGAUGAGUAUUUAGAGAAGGCACUGGAAUACUUAUGCCAAAUCUUUAAGCUGAAUGAGGCCCAGCUGACCCAGAUGAUGCUGAAGUGUGGGGCAGCCCAAGAUGAGAAUGGGAAAAAGCAGCUCCCAGACUGCAUUGAAAGCGAGGACGGCCUGGUUCUCACCCAGCUCGGCAGGUACCAGAUCAUAAACGGCCUGCGCAGGUUCGAGGUGCAGUACCAGGGGGACACCGAGCUGCAGCCCAUCCGCAGCUACGAGAGCGCCACCCUGGUGCGGCUCCUGUUCCGCCUCUCCUCGCUGCUCAACCAGAGGUUUGCUGCUCAGCUGGAGGUGCUCUGCUCCAGGGAAGAUUUUGUUGGCAGACUCUCUCGCUAUCAUCUCAUCAACCCCCAGCUCACACAGAGAACCAGGUGCAGCCCUGUGGUGAAGGACAGAGCAAGCCAGAACUUGGGACCAAGGAUCAGCCUGAGGUUUCUGGCUAGCUACAGGACUCUCACUUCCUUGCUGCUGCUCUACUGCCUUGCAUCCUGGUUCUGCAUCGGGCCAGUGGGCUGCACAUUCAUUAUCCUGGUCAGCUACUGCCUCUAUGCUGUGAUAAUGACUCUCUUCUCUGACCACUGCAGACCACAUGAACACUGAGUUCCUGCUCUCCUGGAUUCCACUUGUGAAAA